AAAUUGAUUAUAAGUAUUACAAAUAAAAAGAUUAUGCCUAGAUAUUUAAGGUCUGAUGCAUCUUCUCUUUCAUCUGAAAAAAUCUGUGAAAUUAUAGAUAGUAGUGAUACAAGAGAAUCUGACGAGGGCAAGAGUAUCCUACUGAUCUUUCACUAA